AUGGCUUCCAAAUCCACUUCCACAACUCGUCCAGCGCAACCCCGCCGAACCACUAAACGGGGAGCCUUCAUCGAUGCCCUCUGGCAUUGCGAUUGUGAACCACGACUGCCCGCAGACAAGUUCCAGGUCAAAAACGGCGGCAAGAAUCAUGGAAGGUGGUUCUACACAUGCCAAAAGCCCCAACACAAACGCUGUGGCUUCUUCUUAUGGUCCGAUGAUGCAAAAGUCCGCGAGGAGGCCGCUGUCCUGAACAACUCUCGUUCGGAAUACCCACCUCUACCUCAGACCCCCCGCAAACCCAACCCUGUUGUUCCCCCAACCCCAGAAACCAACAGGAGACCAGAUGAUGUCUACCAAAGCUUCCCAAGUCUGGACAAGAAGGUUACCCCCAUAGCUCGUAAUGAUAGUUUCGGAUGGUCCUCCAGCGAUGACGAGAGUCUUCUCAAGGCCGAACAAGAAUUUCUCCUGCAACGACCUCCCUUCGAGACUCCACGCAAAGCUGCUCGCACAACUGCCCUUUCCUCACCAGGAAAGCGGACUCAUGGCGAUAUGGAUGCCAAAUCUGGUAUUGAUGAACAGUGGCCCUUGAGUGACGAUGUGUUCGCAACGCCUUCGACUUCAUAUCCUGCCUUAUCAACCGGCUUGUUAUCCCCCUCCUCCGCAGCUGCCAAGCAACUUUCACAACCAGUUCUUGGUGAGAAUACAGGUGAAUAUUCUGCCCUGACCAUGGAAGUUAUGGCUAUCUUGCGGGGAGUGUCUCUCAGUUCCGAGACUGAGAAGAAGCUGGUUGACGUCCUCGAUAAGCAUGAUUUGCGCACCCAGGGAAUCGUUAAAGGUCGAGACAUUACACGAGUUGCAGUUCAGACCAAAGAAACGAAGAUUGCAGAACUCCAAGCCCGCAUUUCAGUGUUAGAAGCAGAGAGGGAGACUAAUCGCACCGUAAUCUCACUCAUGAAGCACGAUAUCGCUACAUCACCCAAGAAGGGUCCUCCCAGGAAGGUCCCCCUAAAUCGGCGAUCGGAAGUGUGA